GCGCGCCCACCUCCGGCUGUGCUUGGAGAAGCUGAAGGGGCUGGUGCCGCUCGGACCCGACACCAGCAAACACACCACCCUGAGCCUGCUCACGAAAGCCAAACUGCACAUCAAGAAGCUCGAGGACUACGACAGGAAAGCUGUACACCAAAUAGAGCAGCUGCAGCGGGAGCAGCGGCACCUGAAGAGGCAGCUGGAGAAGCUGGGGAUGGAGAGGACGAGGAUGGACAGUAUCGGAUCCACCAUUUCUUCAGAGCGCUCCGACUCGGACAGAG